AACACCCAUCAUCUGAUUUGGUAGUCAACUCAACUUCAACUCAAAUCUAUCUUCAUCCUACCAUACAUACUCUCAAUCAACUUCUUAAUUCACAUCCUUCUACUCAUCAUGGUCUCUUCGGUCUCAAGCAAUCUUCCUUCAUCACCUUCAAGACGAGCCGGAGUCUCAUCUACUUUUUCACUCAUCAGCGUAUUUCAUGUCUUAGUCCUUCUCUUCUCCUGCUCGACCGAUUCCCCAUUAGUUUCAGCUCAGCAUGAUUUCACUAGCAACUUAACCGAUAUCUCUGGUACUUGGUCUUCUGGAAGUGGAGCUGUUCUUACUGGUUCGGGAUUCGCCAAUCCAGUCAAUUUUUCCUUCACAUAUCCUAAGACAGCGGGUAUCUCAAUGAGCUUCACAAACGAUGGAUUCUGGGAGGAAGCUCAAUACAGAUUUGUAUCCAAUGGUUCGAGGCCAAAUUGUGUAAAGGCGAUUGUCCUUUGGCAACAUGGUCGUUAUACAUUUGAGAACAAUGGAUCAUUAACAAUGCAACCCAUCAAAGCAGAUGGAAGAAUCCAGGUUCAAGACCCAUGUGCUGCUCAGACUUCUAUGAUCACUUAUUACUACCAGCCUGGCCUUUAUCAAUCUUGGCAAAUCUUCAAUGACGUUCACCAUAACACCUACAAUUUACAGCUUCAAGCAUUUGAUAACGCACUAUUUCCAAGAUUGUAUUUGGUCGCUCGUCCUCCUAACAUGCUACCAACCAUCCAACUGAGUUCUAACUCAACCAAACGAAAACGUUCAUUAUCAGAAGACAAUGUAGCACCUAAUAAUGAAGGUCUAUGGAAAAGGUGGUACGGUGCAUGGGCUUCGUGAAUUUCAAUCACAUCACAACUAUCAUUACACUAUCAUCAUAUAUUUCCAGAUACAGUCGUAAUCUUUUUUUCUUUCCUUGGGAAUAUGUAUAACAGAUUCUGGAAGAUGGUCACCUAAACACCGAAUUCUUGUUUUUGUUUUCAAUCUUCUAUUCUACAUCUUCAAUCAUCAUAAAGUAUUCGUCUUUUUUUUCCCUCAUCCGAUCUUAUAUUUAUUACUUACGUAACUCUUUUUACUAAAGUAAAAACUCUACUAUGAAUCAUCAUUCUUUUUUUUACCACAUCCUUUGAUGUGUUAUGUGACUGUAUAUCUUAGUACAGUGUGUUAAUUUUGAUAUCGUCACUUAUCUUGGUUCAUUUUUUUUAGUUUUUUAAUCAUAUAUAUGUGCAUCUAGUGAACUUUGUUGCGAUCCUAUUCAAUCUUAUCAUUUUUUGAAUCACCUGUAGCUUGUGCUCUUGGAGCUCUCUUCAAUUUUCCAAUGAAGUAUCUCUACAGUUCUUCUUUUAUAGUGACUUCUCUCUUCCUAGUGACACCUCCACACAUUGUAGGGAGCUAAAAAUCAUAAAAUCAUCAGAGUAUGGGCUACUUUCUACGCGGGCAGAAACAGAGGCCUUUUGGCCAUGUGUGUAUCUACUGGUCGCCUGGUCUGUAGAUCAAUUUACAAUACCUUGCAAGUCAAUGACAGUGGUAUUGGCCAAGGGUUCUAGUUCCAUGCCAG